GCUCUUCUUUUCAUAAAACCCAGGCCCCAUUUUAAUCCUAAUAACAUGCCCAAUCCCAGCCCCAGCGCCCGCCCCUCUUCCUCCGCCAUUCACCACCAUUCCACCGCGGUGGCGCCGCCAGUCUCCGUCAGUCCUAAUCUCACCACCUCUGUUUACCACACUGACCUCGGCACCUUUUCCCUGACUUGGUCCCGCAGCUCCCUCACCCGCUCCCUCCACCUCCUUCUCCACCGCCCCUCCACCGCCGUGGACGGCGGCGCCUCCCCCUCCUUCCACCUCCACAUCAGACCCUUCGUUUUCUGGAACAAAUAUGGGUCCAAGAAGCUCGGCACCAACAAGAGAAUCCAUGUCUUCUGGGAUCUUACGCGGGCCAAAUUCGGGUCCCGACCCGAACCAAGCUCCGGGUUCUACAUCGCCGUCGUCUCCGACGGGCAGAUUACCCUCCUCGUCGGAGACUCUCCGGCGAAAGCCUACGCCAAGUCGAGGGCCUUAAAGCCUCGGAGAUCCCAAGUGAUGGUCCUGAGAAGAGAACAUGUCUAUGGAAACAGGUUGUACACCACGAAGGCCGCCAUUGGAGGCCAAAGCAGAGAUAUAUCUAUAGAUUGCAGAGUCGGCGACGACGCGAAGCUCUGCUUCAGCGUCGAUCAGAAGAAGGUUCUAGAAGUUAAGCGCUUGAAGUGGAAAUUCAGAGGCAACGAGAGGGUUGAAGUCGAUGGAAUCUACAUACAGGUUUCUUGGGACGUGCACAACUGGUUGUUUGAACACGACAACCAUGGGCACGCUUUGUUCAUGUUCAGGUUUGAGAAACUAGGGUUUGAAGAUGAAGAUGAAGAAGACGAGUACUUCAACCGUUUGAAUAGGGAAGAGAACGGAUCAUCAACGGCGUUGUGUUCAUCGGGGCAGGCUUGUGGGUUUGCGAUGGAGGAGAAGAAGAGGAGGUUGACGAGGACGGCGGCGAGGAGCUCGUCGUCGUCGGCGACGUCGUCGAUGUCGUCGGCGUCAUCUGGGUGUAGCUCCGUGAUGGAGUGGGAAAGCGUGGAGGAGAAUGAGUUGAAGGAUCCAUCGGGCUUUUCUCUGAUUGUUUAUGCUUGGAAAAAGCUGAAGAUUAAUUAGUUUAGUAAUUCUUCACGAAUAUGAUUAAACAGGAUAAAAUCAAAGAUAGGAGAAGGAGAUACAUGCAUAUAUAUAUAUAUAUAUUUAUUUUUAGAAUUUAAUUCUAAUUCAUUCUUAAGUUGUGAGAUUGUACAAAACAUUAUUUGAAGGUAGGUAUCUACCCCUAGCUAGAUCGAUCCAGUUUGGUAUAUUAAGCAGUUAUAUGGUUCCUUUCCAAUUGAUGACAAGGAUAACUCUUGGGUGAGUUAAUUCCACUUUUGUGCAAGAAGAUAAAAAGAGGAAACAGUGGAGAGUUUCUUUGUUUUGGUCAAACGCAAACGCACUUGAUAGAUAGGUAGAUAGAUAGAUAGAGUUGAGCUUUGGUUGAAGAUGUGGUGGUGUGGUGCUUGCUUUUCUUGAGAGCGAGCUGUAAAGCAAUUUGACCUGGCUAUAAUUAAAUACCAAACCUCUUUGUUCAA